UUUUGACCAAAACCACGUCUAAUAAAUCUGUGAAUAAGAUGGGCUCUCUCUGGUCAGUCACUGAAAUUCAAAUUAGAGUAAAUUAAUGUUUUUCUUUCAUAUUUGCUUCCUGUAUCCCUCUUUUCCUCUGAGAAAUAAUCAGACCACAUACAAGGUAGUGAAGUAGAGAGAAUGGAAUUGAUUCUAAAGCUAUACUGAGGUAGAAAGGAUCAGACUUGAUAAUGGGGUAAAGAGAGAGAACCAGUCUUAAUUGCCAGAUACACAGGUUCCUAUUAAAAUACUAUACUUUGUUGUUUUGUAAAAGUUCUUUAGGUGCUGCAAAUUUCAAGUGACAUAAAUAGCCCGGUAUAUGUAAUAUCUGAAAGUAGCAAAUUAACAUUUGCUUACUUCUUACGGUUAAGUUACUUCAUUUGAGUCUUAAAAACUCUUAAGAAGCUGGGUGCUGGUGACUCAGCCUGCAUUCCUAGCUACUCUACGCAGGCAGAGAUCAGGAGGAUUGUUGUUCGUUCGAGGCCAGCCCAGGCAACAAAAUCGAGACCCUGUCUCAGAAACACCCAACACAAAAAAGGGUUGGUGGUGUGGCUCAAGACACCUGCCUGUUAUUCCCAAUUUCAGACAAGGAAGGUCACAGAGAGGUUAAAAUAAUAGGACCACAGUUACGCGAUUUUGAACUCAGGACCUUGUGCUUGUUAGGUAAGCACUGUUCCACUUGAGCCACACACCCAGCUCUUUUUUGCUUUAGUUAUUUUUCAGAUAGGGUAUCACCUUUUUGUUCAGGGUUGGCCUGUGACCAUAAUCCUCCUACCCAUGGCUCCCAAGUAGCUGGGGUUGUUAGGUGUACCACUAUACUGGCUUAUUUGCUGAAAUGUGAUCUCACUAACUUUUUGCGUGUGUUGGCCUUGAACUUUGAUCUAUCUGCCUCCCUAGUAGCUUGGGUUACAGGUGUGAACCACCAGCCCAGCAAAAAGCCUAUCUAUAUGUAAUUGGUCUUGUUUUUGUUUUGUUUAGGUUAUGUCGGGAGAAUUCUUAAGAGCGGGGCAGAGUCAUACAUAAAUCCAACCUAUUUAGAAGGAUCUGAUAAAAACUAAUACGGUGAUCUUGAGCCUACAUUUCUUGUCUGGUUUUGAAACAUUGUUGGUCUCUCCAUUUUUUUGUCACUUAACUACUUUGCUCAUCUAUUGACUCAGCUGAGGAAUCUAUUAAACUGGUUCUUCUGCUCUAGUUAAUAUUUGUCUCGUGAUCAAGUACUGAAACAGUAAUAAAAUUGAUAAACAUCUUAAAUGGCAAGUCAAAUUACGUUAUUGAACAUUUCAGUGAGAGAGUUGGUGUGAUUGACUGGAAUAAGCUUUAAAUUACUAGCAAUAUUAAUUGAUUAAGAGGGGAUUUUUUUUUUCUGCUUGAGGUAUUAUAAAUAUGGUCAAAAUAAAGAAGUUAGAUAGUCCACAAAUCCUAUGUGGACUAAAUUUAGAAAUCUGUUCCCAAGAAGACCUCUCUUGGCAGAAUGUAAGUUAGUAAGGUAAGAAAUAUUUUCUGUUUGCUCUCAUUGGAGGCAGAUAAGUCAGAAAGUAAAUAUGAUAAACAGUAUUCAUUUAAACAGCUUUCUGUUCAUUUUGUAAUUACUUGUUUUAUUUUUAAAACAGUUUGAUUUUUGUGGGGGAGGAUAUUUGGGCCUCUUUUUCCCUCCAGAAAUAAUUUUUAAAUUGCUCAGGUAUUCUGAAUUUUGUUCUUGUGUCCAACAGAUAACUAUCAAGUCCUUCUGCUUUGAAUUAGUUAAUUUUAUUUGGAAGUGAGAGGAGAACAUAGUAAUCCUUUUACGCUGUUAAAAUACUACUUUGGGAGUUGAAGGCGGAAAGGAGAAAUCAAGUGUUCAGUGGGAGAAGUAACAUCACUUGACUUCAGAAACUAGUAGUUAAGUGUUUUUACUUAGCCCUUUCUUUAUAAUUUAAGAUCCUAGAAUUUCAAACGGAGGAGAAGUAUUACAGCUAAAUAACUUGAGGAUUGGAAAACUGCUUGUCACCAACAUUUGGGGGAAAAAUUUGACUAGCUGUUUAGAGACUCUUGAUACAGUAUUUUAAUGAAGAGAAAAUAGGCUUUUAAAAUGUUCCUUUAUUAGUUUUCAAGGAUUCAACUCUUAACCUAUUUUAUACAUUUAUUACUAAGAUUUAAAAAGUAAAUAUGAGGCUUAGAGCAAGUGUCUCUAGAACAUAGGAUCAUUGAUUGUAAGUAACACAAUUCUGUUCCCAGGGCAUUUUCUUUUCUACUGAAUUGUAAUGCUUAGAAGACAAGUGUAAGAAUUUUUUUUUUUAUUGCCAAGAUUUGUGUAAUUCAAUAUCUUUCAGAAAGUGAGGUGAACUUUAAUGACACUUUACCUAUAGAAGGUAUGUUGAUGGUGUGGUCUGUUAAAAAUCAGGUAGUUCCCUUCUUAAUUCUGGAAAUGAAUUCUUAGUCUUUACCUAUUUUUUUUUCCCCUUCGUUUUGUUGUUUUUUUGUUGUUUAAGGUUGGCCUUAAACUCAUGAUCCUCCUGCUUCAGCCUCCUGAAUUCUGGGAUUACAGUAGUAUAUCAUUGUGCCCAGCUUUUAGCUAGUCUUUAGUCAUUAAACUUUGUAGACCAAAGAGUGGACACCAAAAUAAAUAAGGUCCACUUUUCAUCUGAUUGAUGUUGGUAAUGACUUAACACUUACAUCAAUAGUGUAUGUUGUUGUUUAGUCUAUUCAUCAACCCUAUGAUUGGUUGCUAUCUAUAUUUUACAGAUUAAGAUACCAACUAGAAAUAAGUGACUACCCUCUGGUAAAUUACAUAGUCAGUUCUAGGUCCCUGAUUUCCAGAUUUCAUGUUUUACCACCCUAGGCUGCAAACAUGGUACAGUGUUUGCUUUUAUGGCUAUAAAGGAAAGCUAAAUUUGGUCCUCAAACCAGCUAAAUAGUUUAUUUACUUUAUAAUGAAUUAGCCUCACUUGAUUGAAAAGUCUCUAAAAAUGUCAGGUUAUUUGUUUGGCUCCAUCUUAACAUACAGACUUGUUUUAAGUCCUGAAGAUCUUUUACUUGCUUUAAAGUUUUUAUAGUAUAUCUAGUGACUUUUGGUUCCCUAGUCCACAUUUCUUUGUAUAUUUGAUAUGUAGACUUUUCCUUUAUAACCACUUUUUACUUCUCAGUCUUAAUUCUCAUCUCCAUUACAUAUAAUCUCUUGCACAUUCAAUCUUUUCCUUUGCAGUGAUAGUUGAAGAGAAGUAUAUUUCCUGAGAAAGGACCUCAUGCCCACACCCUAACUUUAAAUUAAUUAGAAAGAAUGCUUUCUUUGACUGCAUGAAGCAACUCAGAGACUAGUAUACCAGCAAGGAAGAAGAAAAUGUAGGCCUUUGCUUCUUUCCUUGGUUUUUUCCUUUGCUUCUUUCCUCAGUGUUUAUGAAUUUCCCAGUUGUGGGCAGUAUAUGAAUGGGCAAACCGUCUCUUUAUUCAGCCAUUUUUAGAAUCAGUAUUAUAUUUGAAAGAUGGUUUUAAAAUAUCCAUAAUGUCAAAACACCGUUAUGAAGUUAGGGGAAAAAAUAUUUAGAGUGUUGAAUUUCAUUACCAAGGCAGAGUUUAUAUCUUGUUUUUUACAGUAAUUUAGAAGGAAUUUAACAUUAAGAUAAUUUGAAAGUUUCACUCCUGUUUAAUUCUUUGAAACCUGGUAUGUGUAGCAAUGUACUUUAGAAUUGAAGGGAUCCUAAGGAUCAACUAGUUCAGAAGAUAAAAGCUUCUGGCAGAACUCAAAUCUUAUCUCAAAAAGGUUUUGUUGGUUACUACAAUAUUCACGAUGUUUAGAAUUCAAAUUACUUCACUUGGGUAAGCAUUCACUCUGUAUUUGUCCACAGUUCAUACCAUUCCCUAACACAUCUUGCUGCUUCAGGCAUUUACAUGCUUACUUUGCUGGGGUAAGGCACCUGAGUGCUCAUUCCCUCAUUUUACAAACAAGGAACCUGGAUAUUGAGAAUUAACUCAUUGAUCCCAAGAAAUACAGCUUUUUAAAUAGAGUCAAAUGUCUUAAAUCCCAAGAUAAUGUUACUUUAUAUAGGUUGUUGCCUGUUAGAAAUAAUAUAAGAUAAUACAUAAUGAAGUCUUUAAAGUAUUUGAUGUAUUCUGUCAAAAAGUGAAUGAUCAGUAUGGGCUACAUAAUGCAAAAAUAUUUCAGAGACAUUUCCUUAACACUCCUCUCUGAAGAACUGCAUCCUGACUGUUUGCUAAUCAGGAGCACCCUAUCUUAAUGUAUGUGUUAUUCUUGCUACAAAGGACCAGGGUAGGCAUCCAGGGGGAAGAACAUGAAUAUCUUUAUGUAAAGAGCUCAUAAAGGAAAUUAUUGAAGAGUAUUUGCAUAUAUAGAAAAAUAGUACCUCAUAAGACCAACUACAUUUAGAUUGCCCAUCAAAGCCAUGAGGUCUCCCAAUAGACUCUGGGUCAAUAAUCCAAAUGUUACUUUAACCACAAGUUAACUUUCAUGUUACCUCACCAAAGAUGAGUUUUAAAUACCCAGCAUCAUAACGGAAGAGCCUUUUGUAGAAACCAGUAUUUGAUACUAAUCCUAUUAGCAGGAUUUUUUGAGUUCAUACAGUACUUUUACCAUUACUGGAAUCCCUCAUACUCAUCUGGUAUAAAACAGUCCAUCCAUUCUCACAUUCUAUAUCUCCUUUAAUUUGCUUUGUUUUUUUCUCCAUACGGCUAAUCAUAUCCUGGCAUCUUCUAUAUUGGCAUUGUUUUUCCUCCUCUAGAUUGUAAAUUCUGAGGACAGGAUCUUUGUUCACUACUUUAUUCUCACUGUCUAGAACAGUGCCGGACAUAUGGUACUAGGUUUUGACAAGUUUGCAUCAUGCGUGAGUAUAAGCUAGUCGUUCUUGGCUCAGGAGGUGUUGGAAAAUCUGCUCUGACUGUACAGUUUGUCCAAGGAAUUUUUGUUGAAAAAUAUGAUCCUACAAUAGAAGAUUCUUAUAGAAAGCAAGUUGAAGUAGAUGCACAACAGUGUAUGCUUGAAAUUUUGGAUACUGCAGGAACGGAACAAUUUACAGCAAUGAGAGAUUUGUACAUGAAAAAUGGACAAGGCUUUGCUUUAGUUUAUUCCAUCACAGCACAGUCUACAUUUAAUGAUUUACAAGAUCUAAGAGAACAGAUUCUUCGAGUUAAAGACACUGAUGAUGUUCCAAUGAUUCUGGUUGGUAAUAAGUGUGACUUGGAAGAUGAAAGAGUUGUAGGAAAGGAACAAGGUCAAAAUCUAGCAAGACAAUGGAACAACUGUGCAUUCUUAGAAUCUUCUGCAAAAUCAAAAAUAAAUGUUAAUGAGAUCUUUUAUGACCUAGUGCGGCAAAUUAACAGGAAAACUCCAGUGCCUGGGAAGGCCCGCAAAAAGUCAUCAUGUCAGCUGCUUUAAUAUACUAAAUGUAUUGUAGCUCUGAGCCAGGUAUGUUCAUUUAUCUUACCUCUAACUUUAACCACUCCAUUUCACUAAGGGCGUUCUAUUGGA